AGCUGUUUUUCCGCUUUGAGUCAAAAUGUAUAGCAGUAAAGCAAACAACAGAGCUUUUGGUGCUUUAGAGCAAGGCAUGUGGGUAGACUUUGUAGAGAAUAAUGAAAAACCCCAACGAAUGGGAUAUGGAAGAUUAUCCAGUAAAGUUCCAGAUGAUUGGUACAGCCUUCCCAAAAAAAGUUGGACUUCAGUCAUCAAAUCAGCGUUUAGUGAGGCUCUCAUGCUUUUUGCUGUCUCUCCCUUUCAAUUACCUGGUCGCAUUGCCAGAUCUUUGGUUCCACCCAUUGUUCAUAAAUUCCGUAUCAUUCAUGUGGAUCUUUUAGGACCGGCUAUAGCCCUGAUAUUUUUGAUGUCUUUGAUAGUAUUUGGCCAAGCCAACAAAGAAAAUACAGUGGGAGCAGAAAAACUCAUAGUUUCUUAUUGUGUAAUGCUCCCACUCAUUACAUAUUUUGUGUUACGUUGCUGUCAGGCGGCAAUAACUUUUCUGCAACUUGUCACUCUGUUAGGGUAUUCUCUAUAUGGUCCUGUUUUCACCCUUGCAGUCUCUCUUGUGAUUGAUCGAGAAAGAAGUAAUACAGUAUUCUUUCUUUGUUUAGCUGUGUUUGGCGGUUUGAGCACUUUGAGAGUGGUACUGGUUGUGCUGGCCUCAUUGCGUAUACCAGCUGCUCGCCUGCUUGUGUGUUCUAGUUUAGCACUAACCCAACUGUUGUUUGUGGCGUGGCUCCACUUUACAUACUUACAUCCAACUUUCGUGUUUGGUAGAGGAUCAGUUUCAAAUGUUGAAGUAUAAUUUUAGUUGAAAGAAUGUAAUUUAACCAUAUGCCCUACAAUGGCAUUAAAAUCAGUUUAUAUCAAUCACAUUGUUAUUGUAUGAAGCACAAGCAUCCUGAUGUGUGUAAAUUAUUAUCAAUAAAUAUUAGAAAGUCUAA